GGAAAAAAUCUCACAUGUGGAGCACGAAUAUUGAAGUUGCGGUCUCCUUUUAUUAGAAAAUUAACCUCUUCUCUUGAUGAGCGUAUUAAUACAUAUUUUAAUAGUUUUCUGCGCAUUAUAAAGAGGACAUCUGUUCCGAUUGAUAUUAUUUUACUUCCGGAUCGAGAAGUGCCUUUUGUAGUGGGAAGAAGAACUCAUCGAAAGUAAGGCGUGCAUGUAUUUACAUGAAUGAAAAAUUACAUGGAUGAUGGAAACAACCUUUCAGGGAAAAAUCAAAAAGAAAAACAAGGAGAAGAAGAACACAACAUCGAACGAGACAACUCCUUCUUCUGUUCUGACUUUUAAUGGUGUUGUGGGAAAAUGUUUAGAUUAUAUGUCUGGAGACGAAGCACAAAAGAAAAAAAAGAAACACAAGCAGGUUUUAGGUGAUGAGUUCCAAGAAAGGGAAUCCCUUAGGGAAACAGAAAAGAGACAUAAAAAGAAAGAGGGUGGUUUUACUUUUGCACCAGUGGAGGAGUGUGGCACACUUGGAGAUCUUCACAUAAAGAAGAAGAAGAAGAAGAGGAAGAGGGUAGCAGAGACUGAAGAAUGUCACAUGGGUGAAGUGACCGGCUAUGGAAACCAAGAUGAAACGGGAGCAAUGACAGAGAAGUAUGCCCGAGUCAAGAAAUACAGAAAACGGAGACAAGAAGAGAUACAGGAAAGUCCUGAUGAGACAGAGGGGAGAUGGCAAGUGGAUCAAGCUAGUGAACAAGUGAAGGAGCUUGACACACCAAGAGAGGAGCACAAAAAGAAGAAAAACAAGAAACAACAUAGGGAUGAUAGCUUUGAGCACGCAGUGGAGAGUGAAUUUGUACGUGAUGCUAGAAAGAAGAAAAAACAAAGGACUUUGAAUCAUCAAGAGCUGGAAGAGAACGGCUACACAUCUCAUGAUCAGCAAGUUCAUGGUGGAGUGGCUGAAAUAAGGAAAACAAACAAAGGCCACGAGUCACCUCUAAAUGAUAACAACUUUAGAGAACUGAGUAAAUCUAGCAAAAAGAAAAAGAAAAAGCGGCAUACACAGGCUAGUCCUGAUGAAGUGAUGAUGUCAGAGUUGCUUUCUGAUCAGCAAGGAGAGAACGAAAAUGAUCAGCUUGCAAGGACAGAUGUUGAAAAUCUCACAGAGGCCCUUGGUGUUGGUACAACGGAAAUUAGUAGUUUUGACCAGCCAUCCCAUAAACGCAAAAAACAAAAACGCAGUCAGAAGAGGGGAGCUUCUGAAGUUGCUGAUUCGACUACAGCGCAGACAGGCCAACUAGAACUAGACAGUCCUGAAGGGUAUGAGGAGCCCACUGAUGCAGAAGACUUAAUAAAUGAAUUGGAAAAAUAUGUUCCCUGUGUGAGGAAGUAUAGCAAACGCCUAAUUCUUGGUAUGUUUAAAUACGACCUGGAGCGGUUCAAGAAAUUCCAUGAAGAAGGAAUUUGUAUAAAAUUUGGAAAAUUUGCAAAAGCAGAAAAUGAGAGGUUGAACGCCAACAUAGAAGAUUUAAUGAAACAAACUGGAAUCUCUUCUUCUGAUAAGCUGAUCUUUCCUUCUCGUUACCCAGAAGAAGAGAAAACUAUCAAACGCUUAAGAGAACAGAAUAAUUUUUUUACAAAUCUGGCGGAAGGAAUUCCAAGACCAUGCCAACUUGUUUACAAUCAUGCAAGAAGAAAACUUGAUAAACUGAGUUACAUGGGAAGGUAUACUGAGAGUGAGAUUAAUGAUCUCAAGCGAUUUCAUACUCUGUAUGGAAACAAGUGGAGCAAAUUGUCUUUACUGAUUGGACGAAACCAGCAUUCACUGGAGAUGAAGUGGUCCCAGUUAGGAGACUAUACUAAGGGUCCAUGGACCCCCGUGGAAAAGAAAUCCUUGAUGAAAGCCGUACAAAGCCACUUUAAAAACAGGCUGGAUCCAACAGGUUUUCAAGAAGAACUGGAGCAGGAGUCGGAGGCAAACAAUAAAGAAGAGCACAAGAUCAUACUCACAAAUGAACUGUAUAAGAAUAUUCCAUGGAAGAAGGUUUCUGAACAAGUUAAGACCCGAAAUUGGAUGAGCUGCAGAGUACAGUGGAUGCAAAUACUGCAGAAGAAAAUGCAGAACACGAAAAAUUCAUUCCAAAGCAUCAGCAGUAUUCAUUCCAAAAUCAAGCUCAUUAAAAAGUUAUACCAGAUGAAUGUGGAAGAUGCUUCUGACAUUGACUGGGAGGAGUUAACAGAUAUUAUGGGAGAUGUAACCCCUACCUACACACAAAACUUGUUUAGCAGAUUGAAGAUACUUAAUGUUCCAAACUGGCAGAUGAAGACCUUUCCAGAAAUUAUUGAUUUCCUUUACCUCAAAACCCUUCCACGUUUACAAGAAAAAUUCAAGAAAGUUCAGAAGAAGAAACACAAGCAGCUCCCAGAAUCCGAACAAAGAAAAACAAGCUUCCAGUUUUCUGAAGUUUUUUCCGAGUCUGAAGAGGAAGAACUUUUAGAGUAAGAAAGUGGUGGCGCUCUUCAUCGUCUGAAUGGUCCAACUAACAUUUGUAAACUGGCACUUUGUGUCCAGGCAAAGGGACAACAGACCCACUCAAGACACCAAGCUUGGAAACAAACUGAUGUGUGCUGCAAGGAAUAACUCGGUGUCUCAUGGCAAGAGGAAUCCCGAGUUUUACAGCCGUUUUUAUAUACUGGGGAUAUUCUUUUAGAUACUUUUAAAACUUUAUAGAACGUUUCUUACAGAGCUUUUGAAGAAGAAUGCCAGUUACUAUUGUAUAAAACUUGUUCACGUUAGACUGUUUAAUGGUCUAAUGUUUUGGUUAUUUUUUUACUAAAGAAAAGCAGAUUUUUCUAUCAUUUAUAAAACAUCUUUUGCUACAACUAGUGUGUGCUUUCAUCUCAAAACUAUAAAGCAGGCAGACAUGGUCAAGAGCUUAAGUUGCUGUUUGAUCAAACACAAAUGGACAACCCAUGUGCUCUAAAUGACUUUGACAGGAGUAUAAUUAUUGGUGCCAGGCAUGGACUCAGUCUGUUGACUUUACAGAGAAUGGGAUGGCAGACAGACAGAAGACAUCCAUUGAUUGGCAAACGGCAGACUCAUUUGGCACCUCUAAACACACAGCAUGUCGGACUUUAAAGCAGCUGGGCUACAGCAGCAGAAGAUCAUGACAGGUUCUAUAACUGACAGCAAGGCUGCACUGGGCAUGUGGGCAUCAAAAGCAGACAAUUGUAGACUGGAAAAAUGUUGUCUGCUCUGGUGAGUCUCGAUUUCUGCUGUGAUGAACGAUCUGACAAAAACAUCGAUCCAGCCUUGUGUCAACAGUACAGGUGGUGGAGAAUUGGAGUGGGGAAGGUUUUUUGGCAAACCAGACCUCUUAAUAUCAAUAAAUAAAUAAAUGUAUUGAUGGCACACCCUUCAACUAAAAUUUGAGGGAUAUGUCUUCGUCAACUUGGUGCACACGGAUUUUCCCAUUUUAUUGCAAUUUUAUUUAUUUUUUUUCUUCAGUUGCAAGUCUGCAGUGCACAGAAUCUUUAUUAACCAAGUACAUCAUCUCGGCCUUUCCAGAAUUUUAAUAUUGCGUUUUUUACUUUCUCGUAUACAAAGUACAGUGGAACCUCGGUUCAUGACCAUAAUUCGUUCCAAAACUCUGGUCGUAAACCGAGUUGGUCGUGAACCGAACCAGUUUCUCCCAUAGGAUUGUAUGUAAAUACAAUUAAUCCGUUCCAGACCGUACGAACUGUAUGUAAAUAUAUAUAUUUUUUAGUUUUUAAGCACACGCUUAGUUAAUUAUACCAUAGAAUGCACAGCGUAAUAGUAAACUAAAUGUAAAAACAUUGAAUAACACUGAGAAAACAAACAACAGAGAAAACUAACACUGCAAUAGUUCGCGCUAUAGUGCUAGGAACCGCUCGCUAAAAACACUUUUUUUAAUGAGUUUUAAGCACAGGGGGAAAACUGAACAUUUGAAAAAUCCGUAAUUUAAUAAACCACCAAGAAAAGUAACAUUGCAACAAUCACUGUAAACAGAACUGAAAACAAAAACAAGCCUUCUCUACCUUAUGCAUCCCUCCCUCUCUCGCUCGUACGCGCGUGUGCCUGUGUGUGUGCGUGUGUCUCUCUUUUGCGAGCCUGGAGUGCCUGUGUGUGUCUCUAGUGCACUCCUGUGUGUGUGCACCCGCGUCUGUCUCUCUCGUGCUCCUGUGUGUGUGCGCGGCUCUCUCUGUCUGCUGCCUGUGUGUGUGCCUCUGUCACUGCCUCUCUCUCCCGCUGCCUCUGUGUGUGUGUGUGUGUGUGUCACGCGCUCUCGCUCUCUCUCUCUUGCUCGCUGCACAGGAAAUGCACAGGGAGAGACUGAACAUAUACAAACCUAAAGGUAACCUGGCUUGUUCGUAUACCGAGUGUGUGGUCGUGAACUGAGGCAAAAGUUUGGCGAACUUUUUGGUCAUAAACCGAUUUGUACGUGUACCGAGACGUUCGUGAACCGAGGUUCCACUGUAUAGGGAAAAAAUGGGAAUCCUCCAAAAAGUCGAUUUAGAGAUUUUGAUGGAUCUCAAUGUUUUUGACCUCCAUGAGUCCGAAGGAAUUAUGUCUGUGUGUGUGUUUGUGUAUGUAAACACGAUAACUUGAGUACACUUUCACUUUGGUCAACCAAAUUUUGCACACAAGUAUUAGGUACAAAACGUAGAUUUCUAUCAACUUUUGAGCUAUUUCUGCUAACCAGAAGUGGUACUUUAUCAAAUUUUUUAUAUUUUUAGGGAAACGUUUCAGGUAAUUUCACAUCAUAUUAUGGUAAAGCACCAAAUUCUAAGCAUUUUUUGUUGCUUUACAUUUUUCCGAAAAAUGACCGCUUUGCCAGAUAAUCACAAUUUUCCGUUUGACGUACAAAUUAGUAAUACAUAUUUAAGAACGUUUUUGCUUUACGUGAACAAAAUUUUGUGUACAAGUAUUACAUUACACAUAUUACUAAAAAUCUCUUGCAACGCUUGACCCACUUCCGCUUACUGAAAGUGGUAAUUUACCUGAAUUGUUCACCAAAAUAAAAUUAUCAUGGCAAACUUUUUAUUCA